GUUGGACAACCCUGCUGUAAAUUAUUCAUGCUCAUCCAGACAUUCCUGUCUGUCUGGACACAUUUUUAUCUACUCCACAGUGAAUGUCUUCUCAUACAAUGCAAUGAGGAAAGUGUCUCUAAUGAUAAUGAGCAAAUGAUAAGGUUAUAAAACAGCAGAGAACUGAAAGAAGGCUAUUGCUGCUCGUCCAAAAGUAUUUGUGUUUUUGGUGGAGGGACUGAGAAACUGCUACUGUGAUGUUCACAAAUGACAAAAUGUUGAGGAGGUGAUGUGACAAAAUGCACCAAAGCAAAUGAGGAGAACUUCAAUGUCAAUGAACUUCAAAAUCCCACUCAUGUUGGCAUAGUGCUUUCAAAUUGCUGGAAAAAAAAAACCCUGCAUGAUAAAAGAUCCAGAUAUGCUUGAACAGAGUCUUUUUUCUCCCUUAGAGUCAAAGCGGAUCGUCCUGCUGGGAAAAACUGGCAGUGGGAAAAGCAGCCUUGCCAACAUCAUACUUGGAGAGAACUUGUUCACAGCACAUCAUACUUCUGUUUCUGGAACUGCCACAUGUCAAUCUGAAACCAGAGAUAUCAGUGACAGAAAGAUCACUUUGGUCGACACGCCUGGUUUGUUUGAUACAGAAAGGUCAGAGGAGGAUUUGAAGCCUGAGAUCAUGAAGUGCAUUACAGAGUGUGCUCCUAGAAUUCACGCCUUUCUCAUUGUGCUGAAAGUUGAGAGAUUCACAGAGCAGGAGCAAGCCGUCAUCAGCAGAAUAUGUGAGUAUUUCUCUGAAGACAUUCUAAAACACGCCGUGGUCGUCUUCACUUUCGGCAACGAGCUGCCCGAAGGGAUGAAAAUCGAGAAGUUCAUCGGUAAGAAUCAAAAGCUGAGAGACCUGGUGAACAGGUGUGGCGGCCGGUGCCACGUCUUCGACAACAAAUACUGGAAAGACAACACGCUGCAGAACGACUACAGGAGCAACCGCUUCCAGAGGGAAGAGUUACUGAAGGCCAUCGACAAGCUAACGGUGGAAAGAAACGGCCAAUGCUACACCAACAACAUGCUGCAAGCUGUGGAGAGAGAAAUCCAGAGAGAGGAGGAGCAAAUCAGUCAGUCAUCUCCGGAAAACCUGCCACCAGAGGAGAUCAGAAACCAGGCCAAAACCCACGUGAAAAACAGAUUGCUGAUCAAAUUGGCCGGAGUUACAACGGGGGUUUUGUUGGGAGCUUUGUUUGGCGUAGAGGCUCUGGUUAGGGUAGUUGCAAUGGCUGUGAGACAAAUAUCUGAAGCAGAAAUCCCCAUGAAGAUAGUCGGAGGGUUAACAGGAGUGUCUGGAGCAGCGAGUGCAGCAGCAGCGGCAGUGGCGGGAGGGGAAGCAGCAGUAGCUGUUGGAGCAGUAGUGGGUGCAGCACUGGGUGCAACUACAGUUGUCGCGGCUGCAGCAGGAGGCGUCAUGGGCGGUGUUAUUGGACAUGAAGCAGCUCAGGAAGCAGAAACAAUGCAGGAUGCAGUGAAAAAUGCAGCAAAAGCUUUAAAAGAAACAAGAAGAAGUUUCAUUCUACUUUCAAAAGACAUUUCAGUCACUCACAAAAAAAAAUAGUUAAUUAUGGGGUCAUAUGCCUCUAACAGACAGCAGCUAGCUUAAAAUGCAGCAGUCAUAGAUAAAUGUGUGUUUUAAUGAUGUGUGUUUGAUUAUGAGAUGUAAAAUGAUCCCAAUGUUUAAUGAAGUUGGUACACUUGAGGGCACAGCAGUAAACUACAUUUUGACUUGUUAUCAACAUGUUAGAGUCCCUGGAAACAGACUCCUAAAUUUUAAAAAAGGUGUGCAUGAACACUGUGAAUGAAGUGAACCACAAGUUGAAGCAGCGAACAACCUGAAACCUAACAGUGUCAAUGUACAAUUG